AUGACCCCCACUCUCGUACAGCGGAUCGAAUACGAGGUCGGAAACCGCUCGGGCUAUGGCUACACCGGCGUGCGUGUUUACCACCACGUCGUGAUUAGGGAGCUAUCGUCUAGUACGGCGCAAGCUCGCAUUCCCACCAUCCAAGGUAAACAGUCGGUCCGAAACAGUCCCGGGUGGCACUUGAGCCCUUGUCAACGGGAGAACAGGUUGUGGGGGGGGGCAGCGUACCCACUAAGCGCAGAUGGUACGCACUCUCGAGUUCGCAUGGUACUCUACCAAGAUAUCGAGCCACAGUUCUCCAACACCUUAGCGUAA